AUGUUCUACGACAAUCCGAAUCGCCGCGCACGAGCUAGCCAAUUGAAAGCCGACAUCGAAGCUUUCUGUAAUGAAUUCAAAGCGCUUGAAAGACAAAGAGACGAACUGUUGAGGGUACUCAAGCCACGUCUUGGCGAAUUUCUCAAGAAGAAUGGCUACAGCUCUGCAGAAAAGCUGGAUGAGAGGGUUCAAAGCGUCCUCACAGGACAAGCGCUCGCUGAUUACAAUGAAGUGAAGAAAAAUGGCCGCGAAGAGCGAGCUAACUUGCAAGAAGCUAUUAGAAAACUAGCACCUGAAAGGGUUAAGGCGCACCAGGCCCCAAUGGAAAUAAAAGCCAUUUGUAUGUGGAUAUCCUCGAUUAAGGACUGGCUUGAUGACCCUGAUAUAAGUGGGAACCCAGAAAUAAUGAAAAGGGAAUUAGGUGGCGACUUCAAGGACGAUUUCGCCAAAGCAGAUAGAGCACAUGCCAUUGAGUACUUGAUUAAAUUUGACGGUGAACGCGGCGCAUGGAUGAAGGAGGAUCCGGACUGGACAAAUCUAUCCAUGUCCUCAUACAGCUCAAUAAAUCCACCUGCUUCUUUCUCAAAUGAUGAUUUAUCGCAAAAUUCCUCUGACGAAGCCAAGGAAAAGGCCUCUAAGAUCAUAGUCGAGUAUAGCAACGAGCAAGGUAACAAUGAAGUCGGCUCGCUUUUGCUGAAUGUCAUCGAUUAUACUAAGGAUACCACUAUGACAAUAGAUGCAGAGGGAGAUAAAUGGACCUUGAUCAUGGACUCCAUUGCAUUGAAAUGUGACAAAGCCUAUGGUCAGAUCAGGGACUAUCAGUUCUCACUCAAGGGCCUUCAAAGUGGGCACAUAUUGAUUGGUUGCAGAGUAACAUCGUUUGCUGGGGAACCGUGA